AUUUGAAGUGUUUGUAUAGUAAGCAUAAAUGAAUGACAUCAUGUCACACUGGGUCGUUGUUGGUAUCUCAGGGGUGACAAAUGGUGGCAAGUCUACCUUAACAAAGAAACUCCUAGAAACAUUGCCUGGUACUGUGAAACUUAUCAAUCAGGAUGAUUAUUUCUACCCAGAAGAUUCUCAGCAUCAUGUGCCUGCCCCUGGAGGUUUAAUGCACCACAAUUGGGAUGUUAUAUCAAGCUUGAACAUGGAGAGAAUGGAGAAGGAUGUGCUAGAUAUUAUUAAUUCAAAAAUUCCAGAGAAAUCAGAGUCUUAUUUUCAUAGAGGAGUUUCCAACGCUUCAUGUUCAGAACAUUCCUCCAGCUCCAGGGCAAAUGCCGUUCACUAUCGCCCAAUUUUAUUGUUAGAUGGAUUUUUAUUAUUUGAUCACAAAGGUCUAACAGAUGUAUGCAACUUGAGAUACUUUUUGACUCUCACCCGUGAACAAUGUUGGGAGAGGAGAAAGUCCCGCGUGUAUGAACCUCCCGAUCCUCCAGGAUACUUUGACCACUGUGUGUGGCCCAUGUAUGAGGAUCACCUAAAACGUAUAGAAAAAAUGCCAGGGGUGGUCUUUAUAGAUGGUUUAGGUAACCCAUACCAGGAGGUCUGUAAGAAGAUAUUGGAUUUAGCAAAAAUAUCACAACCAGUACUAUCUGCAAAUAUUCAUGAGCACUAAAGUUGAUGCAGUGAUGAGUGAGAAGUAUCCUGAUACUGUAUGCAGUCUUUGUUACUAUCAAGGGUAAUAUGAUGUACAAUAGUACCAUGCCAACAAAAGAAUGAGUAUGUGUGGAUGCGCAUUUCGAUAUACAUAUGUAUAGGCAUGUGUAAACCUAUAUAUACA